AAGAAGUCUCUCUCUCUCUCUCUCUCUCUUCCCCUCCCUCCCCCUCCCCCUACCACAACUAAUGCUAGUUCGCGUUAAGCCAUGGCUCCUUUGCUCUUCAAGGAAAUGAAAGGAGUUAGCUUCUCUUGUGCAUCCCCGGCAUCCGCCGCGGUAUGCACAAGCAUAGACCGCCGGUCCAUGGUCCGGCCAAGCAUUGGGAGAGCGCUUGAUCGCCACUCGCCUCAUAUACGAGACUCGCGGAGAGCAAAAGCUAUGCUUAAUCCAAUGUCUCAGGCCCCCUCUAAGUCCAAAUCCUACAAGCAGAAGAGCAGGAAGAGCUCAGACAAACAAGUUGAACUAAUUAGCCCUGCAGGUUCUUCUCGGUAUCUGCUAAAUGAUACUCCCUUCUUGGACGUGUUUCCUGAUUUGGAGGACCCAGUUCCUCCUCUUCUCCCAGUAGAACCGGCAAGGCUUCUGACUUCCAAGGGAGAGGAGUCAGCUGCUGCAAGGCUGCCUUCUUCCAAGAGAGAUGAUUCAGCUGGUUCGUGGCCAUCUUCUUUCAAGACGGAUGAUUCAACUUUUGUGAGGCCAUCUUCUUCUAAGGUUGAUGAUUACUCUGUCGUCUUAAGGCCAUCUUCUUUUAUGGGAGAUGAUUCAGAUGUUUUCAGGCCAUCUUCUUUUAAGGCAGAUGAGUCAGCUGUUUUCAGGCCACCUUCUUUUAAGGCAGAUGAUGCAGCUGUUUCAAGGCCAUCUGCUAUUAGGGGAGACGAGUCAGCUGUUUCAACACCCUCUUCUACUAGACCACAAGAUCAGGUUGUGGUAUUGCGGGUAUCUUUGCAUUGCAAGGGUUGUGAAGGGAAAGUAAGGAAGCACAUCUCCAAGAUGGCAGGCGUGACAUCCUUCAACAUCGACUUUGCCACGAAGAAGGUGACGGUGAUCGGAGAUGUCACGCCACUGGGUGUUCUGAACAGCAUCUCGAAGGUGAAGAAUGCGCAAUUCUGGCCAUCACCAUCACGAUCAUCAGCUUCGCCUUAAACCAGAUUAGCAUUUCUUAGGAGCUUGUAAAUUAUAUAAGAUGUUUGGAAAGGAGGAAUAUAUGCAGUGCAUCAUAUGCUGCGUGGGCCACCAGCAAGGAAGUUCGACGUCGGUGCAUCAGAAAAGAGGAGACUAGCUUUGGUUCUUCUCUUCAUCAUUUUCCUGUAAGGUGGCCUAAUUAGCCUUCUCCUUUUCUUCCUAUCUUUUUCUUCUGAAAUCCAUGUUGAGCUGUGUAGUCUUCUUGGGUGGUGCACUUUGUACUAGAAGUGAGUGCUGGUCUGGGCAUUUGUACUAUAAAUAAAUAAAAUCCUAUCUCCUUCAGGUGAGCUUUGAUA